AUGGCCGACAACAAGGGGGCUGUUUAUGUGGCCUUGGACACCGGUCCGAAGGAGACGGUUGACGACAUAUCCACCUCCACUCGUCACCAGCCCGGAUAUCUGUUAGUCAACAGCCACACAUCUCAAGAGAUGGAGUUGAUCAGCCAGACGAAAGACUCUGCCGAAGGGUUUGCACCCGGUCACUUGGAAGACGGCCAGCACCUGUCUCCCAACGCCUCGCAAUCUCAAAGAUCUAGGGUGGCCAUGGCAGUCGAUUGGGUCAAGCACAUGACCAUCCUCAAAGCUCUUCUCAUCAUAUACUGUCUCAACGUGGUUGCGUGGGGAGGAAUGAUUUUCCUAUUACUCUGCAAUGCUGCCCCAGCCAUGUGCCACCCAACUUGCGACGACAUCAACUCUCCCCGUCGAAAAUGGAUCGAGAUAGACUCGCAGAUUCUCAACGCAUUAUUCUGUGUGCCAGCGUUUGGACUCGCUCCCCGACGAUCUAUGGAAGCUUGGAGACUGCUACAGCACCUGUCAGGAAGAGAUAUGCUCGCGUUAAGAGACUUGGCCGGGACAUAUCGGGCGUGGUUUCGACUACCUGGCUCCCAAACCGUACCAGUCAACAUUGGUCCGGCAGAAGUCGAGUCCUGGCUGUCCCAGAAUACGACGCUAGAAGAUGUGGUACCUUACCCCUCGCGGUCCAUCCCAGAGAUCCCUCCUUCUGGGCGACGAGCAGUGCCGACUGCAUUAUGGAAGCUAGAGGUUACGAUUGGCUUGAACUUGAUGAACACUCUGUUCCAGGCAGUCUUGUCCGGCUUCAUGUGGGGAUAUAACCGGCAUACUCGACCGAGCUGGUCCGCUGGCUGGAACUCACGGGUAGUUGGAUUAAGAUACUGGGAUCUCCUUGGUUACAAAAAAAGGCUUUGA